AUGGCGAAAGAUGAAGGUGAUGAUUUACUGCCCGACAAAGAUGCUGCUAAAGGAUUUUACGCCAAGUAUGAACCCAAAGAAAUUCUCGGAAGAGGAAUAUCCUCGACUGUGAGGAGAUGCAUUGAAAAGGAAACAGGAAUUGAGUAUGCUGCUAAAAUAAUAGACAUUAGCAAUGAAACUCAUGAUGGUGCUGAAGGUCACACGAUGAAAGAAGCCACUUUGCAAGAAGUUAAUAUUCUAAGACGGGUUGCAGGACAUCGUUAUAUAAUUGAACUACACGAUGUAUUUGAAUCAAGUACAUUUAUAUUUUUAAUAUUCGAACUGUGUAAAAAUGGAGAAUUGUUUGAUUACUUAACAUCUGUUGUAACGCUAUCGGAAAAAAAAACUCGUUAUAUUAUGCGGCAAGUAUUUGAAGCUGUUUUACAUAUUCAUAAUCAAAGCAUUGUUCAUCGUGAUUUGAAACCUGAAAAUAUUUUGCUGGAUGACAAUCUUAAUGUUAAAGUCACGGAUUUUGGCUUCGCAAGAAUUUUAAAGCCUGGAGAUAAAUUAUUUGCUAAAAUUUUAAUAACUUCACGGAAAGAACAAGAAGACACUAUUUAUGCGGAACUCCUGGAUACUUGGCGCCGGAAGUAUUAAAAUGUAACAUGUUUGAAAACGCGGAGGGUUACGGAUGUGAAGUCGACGUAUGGUCAUGUGGUGUAAUAAUGUUUACAUUAUUAGUAGGAUGCCCGCCGUUUUGGCACCGCAAGCAAAUGGUAAUGCUCCGAAAUAUUAUGGAAGGUAAAUAUUCGUUCACGUCCCCAGAGUGGGCAGACAUUACCGAAGCUCCCAAAGAUUUAAUAAGGAAAUUGCUGGUCGUCGAUCCUACCAAGCGUUUGACGAUAAGAGAAGCGCUUGACCAUCCCUUCUUCCACACCGUGCUAUGGGACCAAGACAUUGCACCUCUCAAGCGUUCUCUAUCUUCUAACUCGCGACGUCUUAGUAGGAUUUCUCAAUUAGCUUUGGAAUUAAAAGCUAAAUCGUUCAACGCACGGAAGAGAUUUCAAUUGGCUGUUCUUUGUGUACGUGCUGUAGUACGUAUCAGGAGACUUCACACAACUCCAGAGCCUCUGUCUACAUUGAUUGCCCGAGAAGAUCCCUACAGAAUUAAAGUUUUGAGAAAGGUAAUAGACGGAUGCGCCUUUAGAGUGUACGGUCAUUGGGUGAAAAAAGGCGAAGGACAAAACCGAGCAGCCCUUUUCGAAAACACAGCAAAGACGGAACUGAAGCAUCUAUAUGUCAGUAAUUUAAGUAGAUAG